AUGUCCGCUCAGACGACAAUUACCAAGGCGACCUCAGUUGCCUUGAGGAUUUCCGCUAUUAUAUUCUUUCGCUUUGCACGCUUGCCCUCCAUUAUCUUUGCGCUCUUUGCCAUCUAUAUUCCAGCCUUUGUCGCUAGCUAUCUGAGCGGUCCUCAGGCUCUGGUGGUCGAUGAUGAAGUCGAUCUAACCGUCAAGCGUACCAUAAUAUCGCCCGAAACCCCACUGUUGUCGGAAAAUGAGCAGGUGUUGGAGCCCGAGAUUAUCGCGGACGAGGUCGAAAUUGAAGAGAAAAUCAUAUUGGAAGAAAAAUAUGAGCCCUCGUGGAAAACAUUGCUUUACGGAACGGCCAACGCUUCGCGGCCCAAGGUCUCCCUCCUCACUUUUCUUAUCAACAUGGUGCUCGUUGGCUUGACUGUAGAUGCGCUAUAUCGAGCGCGCUGGUACUAUCCUGCCAAAGACCUCUCGUUUGUUCGGCUAGGAUAUGUUUCUCCCGGUGAAGCUCGAUUCCUCAUUCGAGAACCAAAUAACGAGCGACUCCCCGUGACUUUACAGAUUCGUGCCAAGAGCUCUGAGCUGCUCCUGGACCAUUCUCCCUGGGAAAUCGCUGCCAAAGUUCAACUGACGACAAAUGAGACGGACUUUACCGAGGCAGUCACUGUUGCCCUCGCGCAUUCGGAACAGCGGUGGUAUGAGUGGAAAACCUCCAACAACUUCACUGGCGAGUUCCUGGCACCCCCCAAACCUGGCGACAUGCCAACGUUCCAUGGCGGAAAGUUCACGUUCCUCUCAACCUCCUGCAUUCUACCCCGUUUUCCGUAUAAUCCUGUGGACCAUGCGCUUGCAAUUCCUGGGCUUCGUCAUCUCGCCAGAAUGCUGCCCAAUCUCGGAGCUCAGUUCAUGCUGUUCCUGGGCGACUUCAUAUAUAUAGACGUCCCUGAGCGAUUUGGCAAGUCUACGGAGGAGUAUCGCAUGCAGUACAGGCAGGUAUACGCUUCACCGGACUGGGCGCCCGUGGGACAAAAUCUGAGCUGGAUCCACGUUCUAGAUGAUCACGAGAUAUCCAAUGAUUGGUCUUCCAACAAGACUGGAAUCUAUGAGGCCGCCGUUGGUCCUUGGCAUACAUACCAGGCAGCAGUGAACCCGCCUGCCGCUGUCAUGGCUGGGACGAGAGGACAGCGACGCAAGGAUGCUACGUGGUACGAAUUCGUUCAAGGGCCCGCCAGCUUCUUUCUGUUGGACACCAGAAGCCACAGGUCAAGCAACGGCAUCCCUUUCGACGAUGAGCACAAGACCAUGCUUGGGCCAGAUCAAUUGGCUGACUUGUUGGCUUGGCUGGCCCGCCCUGAGCCCAAAGGCGUGAAAUGGAAGUUUGUGGCCUCGUCUGUCCCAUUUACCAAGAACUGGCCCGUCAACGUCAAAGAUACCUGGGGUGGAUUUCUGGUUGAGCGAAAGAAGAUCCUCGAGGCCAUGUGGAACGCCGGCGCUCAUGGCACAACGGUAGUCAUUCUUUCUGGUGACCGACAUGAGUUUGCUGCCACCAAGUUUCCUCCACCUCCCGAAUCUGAAUGGUCCGAGUUGUCGGCUGCCUACGAAUUUUCCACUUCUCCUCUGAAUCAGUUCGCAUCUCCCAUUCCAACAUACAAACAAACGGAUGACGAAGAUGUACAGUUGAAAUAUAUUCCUUCUGGAAGCUCCAAGUUUGGCUCUUUCACCAUCGAAAACGUAGAUGGGAACAGCACGUUGCAGUACCGCCUUUUCAUUGAUGGAGAAGAACGGUGGACUACAAAGCUGAUACAGGCGCCGGCUGUUGAUGGCCCAAAAGCUGGCGGUGGCUCCUUCUGGGACCGAAUCAAGUUCCUCUAA